AUGGCCACACCACCACGCCCCAAGAUCCAGGACUUUGCCGUGCCGGGCUCGCCGGCGUCCGCCCAGGAUCGCCGUCCCUCGGUGGCAACCUCGCCCAGACUGCAUCUGAACACGCACCUGGACGAGCUGCCCCAGAGCAGGAGCCGUGGCCGGUCUGCGACUUCCGCCACGGCAACCGCCGCCCAGCCAAACAUUGAAGAGGUCCUCUCUCCCACCUACAGCCGCUCCUCCGUCGACACCGCCCUGCGUCGCCGAAUCACGCGUUCGAACACGGUCCGUCACUACCAGUCGCCGACGCGCGCCACGUGGGAAGAGCCGGGCGCCGAGCCUGGUGUUGACGUCAAGGAUGAAGAGGCAGCCGCGCGAUUCGCACAUCUGCACCAGCAGUGCGACAUCACCGUGGUAGACUUCUCUGCCGAGAGGAUCCAGACAUAUGAGCUGGACAACGACACGUUGCAGGACUUUGUGAAGAGGCCCAAGGAUGACUGGGUCGAGUGUCGCUGGGUCAACGUCAACGGGCUCGACUUUGACGUCAUUGGUGAGCUCACCAUGCACAAGCAGCUGCACCGACUGGCAAUCGAGGACCUGAUGACGGGUCGCGAGCAGCGCACAAAGGUCGAUUGGUACUCGGAUCAAGCUUUCAUGCUGUUGACGCUCUCGAAGCUUGUCCGGAACCCCAGCGACGACUCGGACAGCGACUCGGACUCGGACGAUGGCUUGCCCAGGCGCGCACGCGCCCGGUCACGCUCUCGGGCUGCACGUCACGCACACAAGAGGAAGAGGAAAUCGUGGAUGAAGAAGAUCAAACAGGCCUUUGGUCUACCUGGUGGGCCGCAGCACCCCAAGGAUGUGGAGCACACACCGGACAGCGUCGAGAAGCGCCAGGCAAGCGUAGACGCGGCGAGCAUGUCUCGUGCAUCCAUGUCCAGGCAGCACAACGAAAAGAUCCGCACCCUGCAGCGUUACCGCGGCGGGCCAAACAUGGAGCGCAUUCUCUACCUCGAGCAAAACUCGGCGCUCACCGACAAGCACCUCACGGUCAGCGUCGAGCAGGUCGGCAUCUUCCUCUGCGCCGACAACAGCGUCAUCUCCUUCUUUGAGCACUCGGCCAACAUCAUCGAGUCCUUCAUCCUCAAGCGCCUCAACACCCAAGACACGAUCCUCCGGCGCAGCGCCGACAGCUCCAUGAUUGUGCAAGCCAUCAUCGACGCCAUCAUCGACCUGGCCAUACCCGUCGUCGCCGCCUACGAAGACGCCAUGGGCGAGCUCGAGCUCGACGUGCUCGAGGACCCCGAAAUCCACCACUCGCAAUCGCUCUAUCUCCUCACCUCGGAGCUCUCCAUACUGCGCAACACCAUACAGCCCAUCAUCAGCCUGAUCAACGCCUUGCGCGACCACAAGAGCGACCCCAUGCAGCAGAACUGGAUCCAGCACCAAAACUCCAACCUCGCAACCCGCAGGACCAUGUCGUCCAUUACCAUUUCGCCGCUCGCGCACACGUACCUCGGCGACGUCGAAGACCACUGCAUCAUGAUCACGGCGUCGCUGGACCAGAUGCGGCGCGCGGCAGACAACCUCAUCGACCUGAUCUUCAACAUGAUGGGCGCCUUCCAGAACGAGUCGAUGAAGGUGCUCACCGCCGUCACCAUCUUCUUCCUCCCGCUGACCUUUCUUGUCGGCUACUUUGGCCAGAACUUUGCCCGCUUCAACGGCGUCCAGAAUCACAGCGAUGCCUUCUUCUGGAUCAUCGCCGUCCCUGUCAUGGUGCUUACUAUGCUCGUGCUCAUGAGCCAGACUAUUGUUAGAAAAGUCCGUCGCUGGGCGGGCAAGCUGCGGCUCAAGAGGGCUAGGGUUAGGUUUGGCGCGCGCCAGGGCGGCAAUGGAGCGCGUGUCUUGGGGCUGACGCACGAGCAGAAGAAGAGGGUCCGCAGGCGCCAGACCAUGUACACCAAGGGGCAGAUUGGGUCGUUUUAG